AUGGUUUCAGAUUACAACCGGUUUAGCAGAAUGACAAUGGACGUCCAUCAGCACAGAAACGUGACGACGGCCGCGUCAUCGUCACCACCAUCGCGGUACUCACCGCCAGUGGCCGCCGGAAUCGCGCAGCCGGUGCAGACGUCGUUGCCAGCGGCAGUUGUCGCGCUGCACCAGCGGCCACAGAAGCGGAGUUUUGACGUGGCGUUCCUAAUGGCACCGGAUGACCUGAGCAAGCGAAGGCCCCGGCCAAUGCAGGCCGCUCAGCCCAUCGCCCGGUCGGCGUUCACCAAAGUGUCACCGGAUCCGCCGUCAUCAUUGUCGCCUGCCUCGUCUCCGGCUACGCCACCACCUUCGGAUUUUGCAGCCUACAUGCAUCACAGCCAGCUGCACCACCAGCAACAUCACAACCUGCAGCAGCAACCACUCCACCCACAUCACCUUCAGUCUCAGCAGGAGUGCAGCCUCAGCCCACCCCUGCCACCUGUCGCGGCGCACUUUAUGUCACCGUUUCCGCUUGGCUUCCGGUCACCGUUUGCGCUGAUGAUGCCGCCCCGGCCGCAACCCACCGCGGUUGGCUGCAAAGACUACGCGUCGCCUCUCCAACCAUCACCGCAGUCACACCAGCACCAUCAGCAGCAACAGCAGCAGCAGCAGCAGCAACAGCACCACCAUCACCACCAGCUGCAGUCGAUGUCGUCACCAUCUCCGUUGCAGUUCGGGCAGGCGGCGGCUGCGGCAGCAGCCGUGGCCGCUCUUCCGGCCAUGCUGUUGCCCGCGUCCAUUGCCGCGGCAGCGCUCACGUUACCGUCGCAGAACGUGUGCGCUAAGUGCAACGUGAGCUUCCGCAUGACGUCCGAUCUCGUGUACCACAUGCGGUCGCACCACAAAGGCGGUGACGGAAAUGGUGGCGUUGGCGCUGGAAACGGUGUAGGCGGCGGUGUUGGUGGCGGAGUGGGAGCGGGAGGCGCGGGCGUCGGUGUAGACGCCAAGAAGCGACGGGACAUGGACAAGCUCCGGUGUCCAGUAUGCGACGAGAGCUUCCGGGAACGGCACCACCUGACGCGGCACAUGACCGCGCAUCAGGACAAGGAGGGUGACCGGCUGGACGACGAGGACGACGCGCCGUUGCAGCAACAGCACCACCAGACGCACCAGCACCAAGGGGCCAAAUGACGCAAGGCGGCCGCGGGCGGACGGAGGCGCAAUGCCUCGUACUCACGCUUUGCGGACGACCAUCGCGUUUAGAAGGUCCCUUUUUUCCUCUCUCCUCAUACCCUUACGCAACUCCGUCACACCUACCCACUCAUUCCUCCAAAUACAUUGAGCGAAUCUUACUGCUCUUACGCUUAGGUACAAACGGUACAUAUUAUCAUAUUAUGAUUGAGGAGAUACCAAGUUACCGCAAACGGUGUACAGUGGUGUACCUGUUCGACCGGUAUCGAGUGAACUUUCAUCUUAAGUGUACGAAGAACAAAAACUAACCACUCACAUAUUAUACUGUUAUUAUUACAGGUCCUCCUCACACGAAGAUCUUUUCACCCAGAAGACUCUUGUAAAUGUAUAUAUAGACCAACAUGUAUUUAUAUACCUACUUACGUUUUAAUUGAUUUAUUGAGUUUUUCUUACGAACAACUCACGAAUCACGACCCACUAGUGCCCCCUUAUCGAAGCUUUCACAAUAAAUUAAAUUUUAAUAUCUUAAAAUCAUAAAACUAAUCAAAUCGUUUUAUGUAUCGAAAUUAUUUUUCAUUUAUACAACACAACCUUAUACAAUAUACAUAUAACCAAACUAUAGAAACGAACCUAUUAACCGCAAUCAAUGUAAUUUAUUAAAUAAUAUAGAAUGAUCAUUUUUUAAUCUAUACCUUCUUUAUAAUAUAUUUCAUUCGGAUCUCAUAAUUUUAGUUAAUGAGAUUUGUUUUAUAGAAUUAAAAUUAAAAUUAAACAAACCCAUCGUAACGUAUUAUAUAGGUACCUCUCAGUUGUUUUUUUUGCCACAUGUGUUUUUCUCAUGUUAUAGAAUUGUGUAGCCUAACGCUAAUUCGCAUUCAAAUAGGAUUAAAAAUUAGCUGCGUUCAAGACGGUAAUAAUUUUCAAUUACUUUGCAUGGAUAAUGUUCAUAUUUUUUUAUUUUACUCGAAUUUGAUUUUGGCCGGUCUUGUAGUUUUCUUUUUUGCGCAGCAUAUACGUCAUAUAUAUAUAUAUACACUUUACCCUCUAAUGCGAAAACAAGGGUGACCAUUAGGGUCGACAAAAAUGACAAAUGUCCAUACAAAUCAUAGUCGAAUACGAGUAAUAAUUAACCGUGUCCACGAGGGUUGGUCGACGAAGGGUGGGGAUAAAUUUAAUUCUGUAAUGGGGUCCGAUAAAUAGAUUAAAAUGCCCCUUUGGCCUUAAUAAAUAUUGUCACGUGAUCACUGUUUGUAUAAUUUUAAUAUUAAAAUUAAAUGGACCGAAAUCAAAUGAUAGUGAUUUUAAAAUGCAUCUCUCUAUAAUAUUAUACAUCAGCUGUAUAGGGUUACCUAUAUAUUCACACACAACAUUUUCCCUGCGUGAUAUCACGUCAUGACGUAUGCAAUGAACUCGUAAAUAUAGUAUAGAUUUAUGCGUGGGUGUGUGUAUAUUAUUAUGAUUGUUACUAAUCUUUUUUGAUAAAUUGUAAAAUAUAAUAUUCAUUUAGUUUGUGUAUCAUCGUCUAAUGAUAAUGUUUCAAUAAUAAUAUUAGGCUCCAUAUCCUCUGUUCGUGAAUUAUAUACAUAUUAAUUUGGUAGCUACUAUAUUGAAUGUAAUAUUGGUUCGUCAUGUUUUUAAUUCCAACUAAAUAUUAAUCGAGUGUGUCAAUAUAUUAUUAAUAAUGUUUAAGUGUAUUUUCUAUUGUAUAAAUAUUAUUUAAUCUAAAUAUUGUUAUUGAAAUUAAUCGUUAUUUAGCGUUUUACUAUUUCUUAUUUUGUUUUAUGUUAAAUUAUGUUUCAUAUUAUGUAUCAUAUAAUAUAACCAUUAGAUACAUAAAAUCAUUUAUUAUUAUAUCUUCUUUUGCUAUGCAUGCAUAGAAAGUCAAGUGUCUAAACUGUUAUUCGCUAAAUUAUUGUUAGUAUUGAUUAGAAAAACCUGCUGAUAAUAUUAUUUAGAAUUAUUAU